AUGAGGUCCCAUUCUCAGAAUUCAAAUCCUCAGAGAGUUAAGGAAGAAGAUUAUGCAAGAUUAUUGAACAAGAAGCAGAGGAUGGCAUUGUCGGAGUACCCCAAGGAGCAAGUAGAUGGUGCCCUUGCUCUCAUGGUGCUCUCCAGGGAUGAGGGGAAUUUGGGAAAUGGGAUUUCUGGGUUUUCUGAUAAGAGUUUCUCAAAUCAGCGAGAAUCAGUUUUUGAAGAUAAUGGUGAUGGUUCUUUGAAGAAGAAGAAGAAGAAGAAGAAGAAGAUUGGAUCCAAUGGCUUUGAAGCAGGAGUAUUAGGCUAUCAAUGUUCAAUUUGUGGUGCAGGGUUUAGGUCCGGUCAGGCUUUGGGAGGACAUAAGAGGGCUCAUUGGGCAAAGGCUACGCAAAGAAUUGAGUUUGAAGGUGAGGUAAUGGCGAGGUCUCAUUUAGCAAUGGCUACUUCUCUUACUGUUGAUGAUGAUGCUGAGUAA